GUUUUGUUUGGACAAAAUCGAAUCCAUGUUUCCCCCUUGGCUAUUGGAAAUAAUGAAUACUAUUAUUUAUGUGGUGAAUAUAAGUUGACAAAAUUUAUCAUCGCGUAUAGACAUCGAUCCAAGAAUAAGUGCAGUGAAAAGGAAGUUCGAGACUUUGCAGCUAUCUUAGCAAGAAGAUCAACACCUUAUGUUGGAUUUCUAGUAAAACUGUUAGGGUACACGAAUAAUGAACCACACACCAAAAAGGUAGAACAAGAAGAUGAUGGUGAUAUAGAACAAGAAUUAUAUGAAAUAGAUGAUGAAGUCGAGCUGUAUAAAAACAAUGAAAUUGAACAUAAAAAUGUUGUUAUGGUUAUGGAGG